AUGGAUCAAAACCAGUAUGGGGAACAAGGAGGAAAAGCACAUAGCACUAACCAAUAUCAAUGUAAUAACCACAUGAAUAUGAUGGGACCCACCCAUCUUCCAACUCAGAUAGGUGGUCCUUUUGCCCUGUAUCCCUACAUGACAGAGCAACAAUAUGGUCACCAAUACAUGCACCAAUUACAACAACAACAACAACAAGGACCAGGAGGAUUAUUGGAGCAACAACUCAACAACUUCUGGGCUACGAAUUACCAAGAAAUUGAGGAGACCACUGAUUUUAGGUUUCAUAGCUUGCCUCUGGCAAGGAUUAAGAAGAUAAUGAAGACUGAUGAGGAUGUAAAGAUGAUAUCAGCUGAGGCUCCUGUUGUAUUUGCUAAGGCAUGUGAAAUGUUCAUUAUUGAGCUUACAAUGAAGGCUUGGGUUAAUGCUAAUGAGAACAAAAGGAGGACACUUCAGAAGAGUGAUAUUGCUGAUGCAAUAUCAAAAACUGAAGUCUUUGAUUUUCUGGUUGAUGUUGUCCCCAAGGAUGAACCUACAACGGAUCAUGAUUUAUUUGUUCCCAUUGGGAAUGUUCCUCCUAACUAUGUGCCAUCACCAAACUUUGUUACACUUGCACCACCAUAUGGUGCUCCUGUAAUGGUCAUGGGAAGGCCUAUUUUUCCUCCUCUUGCAACUCGAAUGUUGCCCAUUCCCAAACAAGAAAAUGAUCAUGCUAGCUCCUAA